ACCACAAAGAGCUCCAUCGCACAGCUCACCCAGGCCCUGCUCAGCUCCGAGGAGUGCAAGCUCGAGAUCCUCUACUACCGCAAAGACACCUCGUGUUUCCGCUGCCUGGUGGACGUGGUGCCGGUGAAGAACGAGGAGGGCGUCGUCAUCAUGUUCAUCCUCAACUUCGAGGACCUGGCACAGCUCAUCGCCAAAAGCGCCAGCCGGAGCCUGCACCAGCGCCUGUCGCAGAGCUGGCGCGGAGGUCAAGGUAGGAGGUUGAAGUUUAGUCUCCCGUCCCUGCGACGACUCAAAAUCCAGCGGAAAUCUCUGCCCACCAGUGAGUUUGAUGGAGUAGCCAUUGACUAUGGAAAGCCUGGUGGUGACUCCCUGAUUUUGAGGGACUUGAAGACAUCGCCCAAGGAGAACUGUGUGCAGUCAGAGACCGAAUCCCUCCUGGAAAAGGAGCGGAGGCCGAGCCUGGAGGCCGACCCCACCCUACAACACUCGUCCCCGAAACAAGAGCCUCCCUUGCUGGGCCCACGAGGGUCGUACUCUGCGUGGGGUUUCUUUCGGUCUCGCCCGGGGGGCAGCUUCCACAGCCUCCGCAGGGUCUCCUCCUUGGACAACUUUGAGGCUGCGAGGUCUGAGUUCCAGAGAAAAUUCAGGGAAAGGAGGGCAAACUCAGAGGCUUCCCACGUCAAACCCAACCCCCCGAACUCCACCUCGGACUCCGACCUCAUGAAGUACCGGACCAUCAGCCAGAUCCCCCAGUUCACGCUCAACUUUGUGGAGUUCAACCUAGAGAAGCACCGUUCGGGCUCCACCACGGAGAUCGAGAUAAUCGCUCCCCACAAGGUGAUGGAGCGUACCCAGAAUGUCACCGAGAAGGUCACACAGGUGCUGUCCCUGGGUGCUGAUGUCCUUCCCGAGUACAAGCUGCAGGCACCACGCAUCCACCGAUGGACCAUUCUGCACUACAGUCCCUUCAAGGCCGUGUGGGACUGGCUCAUCCUUCUGCUGGUCAUCUACACAGCCGUCUUCACCCCCUACUCGGCCGCCUUCUUGCUCAAUGAGGAGCAGGUGGAGGAGAAGCACUGGGACUGCAGCUACACCUGUGACCCACUCAACAUCAUUGACCUCAUCGUGGACAUCAUGUUCAUUGUGGACAUUGUCAUCAACUUCCGUACCACCUACGUCAACAUCAACGACGAAGUGGUGAGCCACCCUGGCAAGAUCGCCAUCCACUACUUCAAGGGAUGGUUUCUCAUCGACAUGGUUGCCGCCAUCCCCUUUGACCUGCUCAUCUUCCGCUCCGGCUCUGAUGAGACCACCACCCUCAUUGGCCUCCUGAAGACAGCUCGGUUGCUGCGCCUGGUCCGUGUGGCUCGGAAGCUGGACCGCUACUCCGAGUAUGGAGCAGCCGUGCUCUUCCUGCUCAUGUGCACCUUCGCCCUCAUCGCCCACUGGCUGGCCUGCAUCUGGUACGCCAUCGGCAACGUGGAGCGGCCCUACAUGGAGCACAAGAUCGGCUGGCUGGACAACCUGGGUGACCAGAUCGGCAAGCGCUACAAUGACAGCGACCUCUCCUCUGGCCCAUCCAUCAAGGAUAAAUACGUCACUGCUCUCUACUUCACCUUCAGCAGCCUCACCAGCGUGGGGUUCGGCAACGUCUCACCCAACACCAACUCCGAGAAGAUCUUCUCCAUCUGUGUCAUGCUCAUCGGCUCUCUGAUGUACGCCAGCAUCUUCGGCAACGUCUCUGCUAUCAUCCAGCGCCUGUACUCGGGCACAGCCCGCUACCACACGCAGAUGCUGCGAGUCAAGGAGUUCAUCCGCUUCCACCAGAUCCCCAACCCCCUGCGCCAGCGCCUGGAGGAGUAUUUCCAGCACGCCUGGUCCUACACCAACGGCAUCGACAUGAAUGCGGUGCUGAAGGGCUUCCCCGACUGCCUGCAGGCAGACAUCUGCCUCCACCUCAACCGCACGCUGCUCCAGAACUGCAAGGCUUUCCGAGGAGCCAGCAAAGGCUGCCUGCGUGCCCUGGCCAUGAAGUUCAAGACAACUCAUGCACCGCCCGGAGACACCCUGGUGCACUAUGGAGAUGUCCUCACCACGCUCUACUUCAUCUCACGAGGCUCCAUCGAGAUCCUCCGGGAAGACAUUGUGGUGGCCAUCUUAGGGAAGAAUGACAUCUUUGGGGAGCCCAUCAGCCUCUACGCCCGCCCAGGGAAGUCCAACGCUGACGUGAGGGCCCUGACCUACUGUGACUUACACAAGAUCCAGCGGGAGGACUUGCUCGAGGUCUUGGACAUGUACCCAGCCUUCUCUGAUAACUUCUGGAGCAACUUAGAGAUCACCUUCAAUCUGCGAGAUGCAGACAGUGUUCCCCGCUCACCACUCAGCGAGGAGUACGACUGCACCUACCGGCGGGCACGCCGACGCAAGCACUCCCUUUGCCAGCCCAACAAGCCUGACCCAGACACGGGCAUCUCUGAUGCAGAGCAGUAUCACACCUACUCAGAGCUCACCAACCCGCAGGACCCGCUGAGUAAGGACCGGUGGGACGACCUGGGCAGCAGCACCACUCCCUGCUCCCAGACCAGUGACGAUGAGGCCAAGACUGGCAGCCCUGCGAAAGCUGAGCCCUUCCCCACAUCCAAAAAGGAUGACUUUGCUCUGCCCACGCUCAGCCUCAUCACUACCAGCGCUGGCGGCACAGAGGUCGGCAGGCAGGCGGCGGAGAGCAGCCAGUCCUACGCAGCCACCCCCCUGGACAUCCCCAACAUGUUUACUUUCUGGGAGGACCGAAGGCCAAACCACCACCCGGAGCCUUUGCAACACAUCUCCUUGGUACACAGCUCGCGGGACAUCCCCCUGCACAGCGACUACAGACCGGGGCAGAUCGAGUCCAGGCUGGAGCUCCUGCAGGCCCAGCUCAGCAGGCUGGAGUCCAGGAUGUCGUCAGAUAUUAAUAUAAUCCUCCAGCUCCUGCAGCGCCAGCUGUCCCAAGUGCCACCAGCAUACAGCCCCAUCUCGCCAUCCUCCCACAACCUGGCCAUGUACGGCAUCCUCCCGCGGAGCCUGGAGCCGCUCACCCCUUGCGCACCCCUGGAAGAUGAGGAGACAGCGACGCCGGAGCAGAGCCCAAGCUACACGGAGGUAGAAAAGUUCCACUUGAAAUCCAGGGACUCCUUGUCAAGUGGGAUGCACCUCGCUGUAGCAUCUGAUGAAACCAUGACGGUCUACUCCGAGCAGGAGCACCAUUCCCCACCUCUCCCGAACCCAGAGCCUCCCCACCAAAGGGCACCAAAUACCCAGGGACUCUUCCGGGGCUCUCGUUUCCCUUCCCUCCCUGAGCACUUGGAGACAUCUUCCGAGCACCAGGACAUUCAGAGACACCUCUCCGACCCAGUGCUUCCUGGAAGUUAG